UACUAUAUAUACGUGCGUACUUGCACGUGUGGUAGGUAAGGACAGUCAUAUGGCGCGCUGACAGUUGCGUGACUUUUUGUUUCCUGCGCGGACCGAUUGUGUGCGUGUGUUCGCCGAUUCGGUGAAACGUUGAAAAAUAAAUUAAUUCAAAAUUGUGCCGAGAGCGCACAGAUUGAAAAACACGCGACGAAAAAGUUUUAUCCCCCCAGUCGCACCACCUUUCCAAGAUGGGAGUAAUAUUUCUCGAGCACAUCGGUGGCACUCGUCUGUUCUCUUGCGCAUCAUGCGAUACCAAUCUCACCAACAGGUCACACCUCGUCAGCACGCGUUUUACGGGUGCCACGGGACGCGCUUUUCUCUUCAGCAAGGUCGUCAAUCUGAAUUAUAGUGAGGUACAGGAUAGAGUGAUGCUGACGGGUCGUCAUAUGGUUCGAGAUGUCAGCUGCAAAAAUUGUGACGCUAAGCUCGGAUGGAUUUAUGAAUUUGCAACAGACGAGCAGCAGCGAUACAAAGAAGGACGUGUUAUCUUGGAACGAGCUCUUGUUACAGAGAGCGACGGAUUGAAUGAGAUUAUUUAAUAUUUAAUACCAAAUAUAGCGUGCUUUUUUUUGUUUUUUUUUUUUUAUUAGUACAUUUAAGGAACUUAAACAUGGGUCUUAACCACAUGAGUUGUAACUUUUUAUAAACAGUUCGGUUUAAACCUUGUCAAUUAUUAUAACUGGACGUUUUGGUUAUUAGUGACCAAUUUGUUCACGCAUAGCCAAGUAUUGACAAAGCUCAUUGAUGUGAUAAGCGACAUUCAACAUUUUUGUGAAUAGGAUAUGAUUUCUCCUUUUUAUAUAUAUAAACACCACAAAUAUAAUAGCGUAGAAUUUAAUCCUUUGUAUGUCAAUCUUAAUCUAUAUAUUUUGUAUCACAUCUUAUUCAUAAUGGUUGUUGAAUCUAUAUAUAUAUAUAUAUAAACUAAGAAUAAAAAAAAAAACAAAAAUACACUAUUACACACUAUUUUCCUGUAGAUAAAACAGACUUCUCUCUCGUACUUCUGGCAAAUAUAUUUGUCAAAAACUUGAAAAAAAAAAAAAAAAAAAA